AUGGUGAAGCUGAACUGCAGCUUCUCCGGGAAGACAGGCUCCGGGGAUGGGGCUGCCAUGGACAGCGUCCCUCUCAUCAGCCCCCUGGAUGUCAGCCAGCUCCAGCCGUCCUUCUCCGACCAGGUGGUCAUUAAGACACAGACGGAAUACCAGCUGUCCUCCGGGGACCAGCCGGCGAAGUUCUCUGACGUGGAAGCCCAGAAGCUGGGCGGCGGCCACCCGGAGGAUAUGCGCGGCAGGAUGCCCACGGGGCGGAUGAUCGCCUUCACCAUGGCGCUGGUGGGCUGCCUCCUGAUCAUGUACAAGGCCGUCUGGUAUGACCAGUUCAGCUGCCCCGACGGCUUCCUGCUUCGGCACAAGAUCUGCACCCCGCUGACCCUGGAGAUGUACUACACCGAGCUGGACCCCGAGCACCACCGCAGCCUCCUGGCGGCCAUCGGGGCCUACCCCGUGGGCCGCAAGCACGGCACGGAGACCCCCUGGCUGUCCGCGAGCUACCACGCCUUCAAGGAGGCGCCCAAGGCGCGCAAGGCGCCGGCCCGCGCGGCCGCGGCGGCGCCCUCCAGGAAGCCCCCCGGGGAGGCCCCGGCGCCGGGAGGGAAGGAGGCGGCGCAGAAGCUGGCGGGGAGCGCGCCGCCGCCCGCCCCCCAGUGA